GUCCGCGUCCCCGCCCGCCCGGCGCUUCCCCCGCCGGCCAUGUCGCGGGGCUCCCGCCUGGCGCUGGCCGUCUCCGCGCUGCUCUCCGCCGCCACCGUGGCGGCCGUGCACAUCCAGCAGCGCCGGGAGCUGGAGAGGCUGCGAAGUGGCGUGGUCAGAGAUCUCGAGCGUCAGAAUCAGAAAAAGGAGAACGUUCGCCUGUUAGAAGAGCAGAUUGCUCUGACAAAGCAGCUCAUUGAAGAGAGAGACAAGGCGCUAAUGGAGAAACCUUCCCAGCAGUCCUAGGCGCGGGCCUGGCGCCUUAGAGGUUU